CCGAGCCCCCCGAGCCCCGAUGGGCUAACGGGGAGCCGGAGCGGGCCACAGCCCAGCCGGACCAUGGACUGGCUCAGCCAGCGCUGCCCGCUGCCCAAUGCCCACACCUGCCCCCGCCCGGGAUGGCUCGUCUGCCUGCUGUUGGCAAUCGUCUCGCUCCUUAUGUACCCAGUGCUGAGAAGCAUCGGCCUCCAGGUGCAUUCCACCCUCACCGGCAAUUACAUCUCAGGGACCCAUUCUGUCGCUUUCGUCAAUUGUCCCAACGAGCAGAUUGCCAAAGACAUCGCCAGGGCUAUUAUGGAUAAGAAGUUGGCAGCUGGUGUGAAUAUUCUACCCAAAGCCUUAACUCUGUAUUUCUGGAAAGGAGAGAUCGAGGAAGCCACUGAAAUCCUGCUGUUGGUGAAAACCAAGACUUCAAAGAUAAAUGAACUUUCAAACUACAUCAGGUCUAUCCAUCCUUUUGAAAUCCCCGAGAUCAUCAGCCUACCCAUUGACCAAGGAAAUGCUCUUUAUUUAAAGUGGAUUGAAGAAGGAGUGACUGAGGACUAACUGGACGAAGGUGCUGUCCUGUCAGAGCAACGUCGAUUUUUCCCCUUCUCCCCAUGGUGAAAUAAUGAGGAGAACGCUUGCUCGCCUCAGAGCACAGAUUGAGCUUUCUCCUCUCCAGGUAACACUGAAAACUGAAAGCCAGGCCUUGCUUCAGCAAACAGCUCGUGAUUUUUCUAAGCCUGAACUCUCCCAGAUUUUCACCACUAGUGAGUGGUCUAAAAGCAAUCAGGCAGAUUUCUGGGGGCCCUGGGUCUCGAGGUGUUUGGAUACCAGGAGCUGGUGGGAACUGUAGUUUCAAAGGAGAAACUGAAGAAGGAAACACUGUGCUGUCUCUCUAGCCAACAGACUUGCUGGACUCUCACUUGAGAGCGUUGGGAAGCCAGUUAAGUGGAAAGAGCACAGUACUGGCAGUCAGAAGAUCAGGUUCUGUUCCCUGAUCCGCCGCUUGUCUGCUGAGUGACCUUAAGAUCUCUGCGACUUGAUUUCCUCACCAGUAAAAUGGGGAUUAAAAUACCUGUUCUUUCUGUCUCGUAGGUUGUGAGCCCCAUGUGGGACAGAGACUGUCCCUGACAUGAUUGUAUUUUAACCAACCCAUUACUAGGCACAAGGCUUGGCACAUAGUAAGUACUUAACUAAUACCUCAGUUAUCGUCACAGAGUAAGUGCUUAACAAUACCACAGUUUUCAUCCCACAGAAAGUGUUUAACAAGUGCUACAAUUAUUAAGUCCCUCCAAAGUGCCACCUUUCUACUAAGAUCCAGUGGAAGAAAAUUGAAACAUAUGCAUUCAUUUCAGCUCUGGGACCAUCAAGGCUGGAAUCAUUUUCUGUACUACGCCCUUGAAACAGAGAGUAACACAGACUCUCUAGCUGCUUCCUUGUUCACACUUUUGAAAGCAACACACACAUUCUAUAAUAGGUGACUGUUCUGAGGGGAAGAGACAAGGAAAAGGGUUAGUCCAUCUCAGGGAGCUGGACAGGGGUGUUUCCUGUGUUUAUGAACACUCCCGUAAGCACUUCCAAGUAGCAGCCAGGCUGUAGCUGGCAUUUGUGUGUUAGCAGGGGCCCUGAGGAAAAUCCACCCCCUCUGGAUUCUCGAUGACAUAUAUGGGUCUGGGAAAAUUAGAGAGACAUGGUUACAUAAUUCAGGAUCUGUGAAAGCUUCAUUUUAAAAAUGAAACACUAGGUUGUGGAGAGGAAAAAAAGGCUCCAGUGCAAGGGUGUCUGAAGAGUAGAUGGGCUUCCUCUGUGUCUGCACCUCAGAUGCUUCACUCAGUGUAUUAGAACCAGGAACCCAACUUCCUUGCCUUGGUGAAGGAGAGGAAUAAUAACUUUAUAUUUGUUAAGCACUUUACUAUGUUUGCAGUGAUAUUUGUUAGGCAGGGCUGAUUAUGUGCCAGGCACAGUA